GUCACUGGCGUCAGGCAGGCGCACGACAUGAACUCAAACUCUUUCACCUCCUGUUUAUCGCCGUAAAUAUUGAUUGGUAUGUGAACAACAUAACUACAACCACUUUUUUAAAGUUUUAAUUUGGCAUCAGGCAAAUAGAACCGGGCGGUUGUAUAGUGUCAUUCACAUGUGACUUUGGGAAGGUGUCUGUUGGACUCGUAGGCUUGUAUUUUUUUCUCUCACCCAGGGUAAGUAAUGAAAGGAAGGAUAAAGAUCUUUUUAGAGUUAUGGCGGAGCUGAAGUUUUCUAGCUUGUGUUGAGCGCUGAGAGCACCAGUGUUUGCUGAUGGAGCACCUCCAGGGAGCAUGGAAGACCCUGAGCAACGGCUUUGGGAUGAAGGACUCUGUGUUCGAGGGCCCUUGCCUUUCCCCGACCAUGGUGCAGGGCUUCCCCUCCCAGCGCCGCUCUUCCGACGACAGUAAGAUCCCCGACUCCAAGACCAGCAGCACCAUCCGCGUCUACCUCCCCAACCAGCAGCGCACAGUGGUGAAUGUGAGGCCAGGUAUGACCCUGCACAGCUGCCUGAUCAAAGCGCUGAAGGUGCGGGGCCUGCAACCGGAGUGCUGUGCUGUCUUCAGACUGCACCCAGGACAGAGGAGUAAAAAGUCACGUAUGGAUUGGAAUACCGACUCUACCUCACUAAUUGGGGAAGAACUGCUGGUGAAAGUCUUAGAUCAUGUCCCCUUGACGACGCACAACUUUGUUCGGAAAACAUUUCUGAAGUUGGCCUUCUGCGAUAUAUGCCAGAAGUUCCUUUUGAAUGGUUUCCGUUGCCAAACAUGCGGCUACAAAUUCCAUGAGCAUUGCAGCACCAAAGUGCCCACGAUGUGUGUGGAUUGGAGCAACAUCAGACAGCUCCUGUUGUUCCCGACACCAGGUGAAAGUGGGGGUCCAUCUCUUCCUCCUCUUACUUCUCGGCGAAUGAGAGAAUCGCUGUCCCGACUCCCCAGCAGCUCUCUUCAUCGCUGCUCUACCCCUCACGCCUUCAACUACACGGCCCCCUACCCACCCACGGGGGGCGCUCUGUCCCAGAGGCAGCGCUCCACCUCCACGCCCAACGUCCACAUGGUCAGCACCACCAUGCCCGUCGACAGCAGCAUGAUGGAGGAAGCAAUGCGUAAUCAUGAAGCAAUGCGUAAUCAUGACUCAGGCGGGAGUUCCCCCAGCCAGAGUCCCACAGGCUGGUCCCAGUCCCAGUCUAACACCCCAGCUCCAGACAGACGAGAGAGGGCUCCUUCAUUCAACACUCAGGAGAAACACAAAAUACGUCCGAGGGACAAGCGGGACUCCAGUUAUUACUGGGAGAUUGAGGCCAGUGAAGUGGUUCUUCACUCCUGUAUCGGCUCAGGCUCCUUCGGAACGGUAUACAAAGGGAAAUGGCACGGUGACGUAGCGGUGAAGAUCCUAAAGGUGAUUGACCCCACGCCAGAGCAGUUCCAGGCCUUCAGAAACGAGGUGGCUGUCCUUAGGAAAACGCGGCACGUCAACAUCCUGUUGUUCAUGGGCUACAUGACGAAGGACAACCUGGCCAUCGUGACCCAGUGGUGUGAGGGCAGCAGCCUCUACAAACACCUUCACGUCCAGGAGACCAACUUCCAGAUGUUCCAGCUUAUAGACAUUGCCAGGCAGACAGCUCAGGGCAUGGACUAUUUGCACGCCAAAAACAUCAUCCACCGGGACAUGAAGUCAAACAAUAUCUUCCUACAUGAGGGCCUGACGGUGAAGAUAGGAGACUUUGGUCUGGCCACGGUCAAGGCCAGGUGGAGUGGUUCUCACCAGGUGGAGCAACCCUCAGGGUCCAUACUGUGGAUGGCUCCUGAGGUUAUCCGUAUGCAGGACAACAUGCCCUAUAGUUUCCAGUCUGACGUGUACUCCUACGGUGUUGUCCUCCAUGAGCUGAUGACGGGAGAGCUGCCAUACUCACAGAUAGCCAACAGAGACCAGAUCAUCUUCAUGGUGGGCCGGGGGUACCUGUCUCCAGAUCUCAGUAAGCUUUAUAAGAGCUGUCCUAAGGCCAUGAAGAGGCUGGUGGCCGACUGCAUCAAGAAAAUCAAGGACGAGAGGCCACUGUUCCCCCAGAUCCUGUCGUCAAUUGAGCUGCUCCAGCACUCCCUGCCUAAGAUCAACCGCAGUGCCUCAGAACCCUCCAUGCACAGAGCCUCCCACACCGAGGAUAUUAACGCCUUCACUUCCACCUAUAGCAGACUGCCUGUGUUCUGAACUACAAUACUCAACCUGUCCCUCCUACCUUCUCCUGUUCUAAAACAUACACGUGUGUGCAUGAGCACACACACACACACACACACACACACACACACGCGCACACAGACACACACACACACACCCCCCAAAUAUCUACAGUGGCUUAUGAAAGUAUU